CUGUUGCCACGGCGUACAACUCUGACAGGGACACGGAUGACACGCCAGCACUGACACGCGCGACACGCACGCCCCGGCGGCGCCUAUAAAGGCAGGCGACCCACGGCGGCAGAAACACGCAGAGCCAGACACGCUGACCGGAAGUAUGGGCAUUUUCAUCUCCCGCCUCUUCUCCAUGUUUACAUCCAAAACUCCCGCCAGGAUCCUGAUGGUGGGUCUGGACGCUGCAGGGAAAACCACACUGCUGUACAGAAUGAAGCUGGCUGAGGUGGUCACCACCAUUCCUACUGUUGGCUUUAACGUGGAGACAGUGGAAUAUAAAAACAUCACUUUUACUGUUUGGGACGUUGGUGGUCAAACUAUCAUUAGACCACUCUGGAAAUACUACUACACUAAUACACAGGGUGUGAUAUUCGUGGUGGACAGCAACGACCCUCAGAGGAUCAAAGAAGCUGCAGAGGAGCUGCACUGCAUGCUGGAAGAGGAUGAGCUGAGGAAGGUGUCCUUGUUGGUGUUGGCCAACAAACAAGACCUCCCGCACGCCAUGUCUGUCAGCGAGGUCACCACCGCCCUGCGCCUGGCGGGGGUCUCCCAGCAGUACCAUGUCCAGGCGUCGUGUGCGGUGAGUGGGACAGGUCUGGUGGAAGGCCUGGAUUGGCUCUCCAGGCAGAUCCUGAACCAGUCGUAGCCCACACCAAGUCCGGAGCCAUGCUGGAUGAACAAAGUGAAGAAGAUGGGAUUUAUUUCAUCAAACCUUAAAGAAGCCAUGCUGGCUCCGCCCCCUCCUCUCAUCUUCCACGAGCCAAUCAUCUUCUUACUCCGUCUUGCUGCCUUCCUGUCAAUCUUCCAUCCAUCCUGUGGUCACAGUGCACUUUAAAACACUACACUUUAUCUUGGUCUUGUACAAAUAGCUUCUUUUUUUAAUCGCUGUUUGUUCCUCAAUAAAGUUGUCAUGGGUUCACCAACUUGACUAAAAGAA